AUGGCAACUGAAUCUUGCUACAACUUUGCCAAAUUGCAAGAACUGGCUCGGCUGGAGUGCGUUUCAGAACUCAGCUUGAGACCAGCACUCGGCAGGUUGACUUCCGCAGAUGUCCCAAGCUUCGCAACGGCCGAACAUGAACAUCAGGCAAGUGAAUUACUCGCUCGCGGUAAGAUCUCCAAUUCACUACUUCGAACCGUGAGGCGACUCGACAGCCGCACUUACACCAGUAUCACCGAGCUUCUCCCCUCAGCGAUAGAACAGGAUGAGACUGCAGGCCUCGCUCAAGCUUUAUUACGCCUAUCGCCUGGCCCUGAAGCUAUAAAGAAGGCAGAAAAAAGGGAGGACCAAAUCAGACGACGCGAGGCACUAUUGGAUGAAGCGGUUCAGAAGAACAAUAUCGCUGCUGUCUGGUUGCUCGCCCCGGCAUGUUCUCAAUCGGGACGGGACCGCGCCCUAACUAUUGCUGUUCGGGGCAGGAAGAGCAAGAAAAUCAUCCUAAAGCUCCUUCAAUAUGGGGCGGAUCCCGGUCGAUGUAAAGAGGAAUUUUUGGAGGCCUGCCAAACAGGCGAUCAUGAUCUCGUCGCCACUCUUCUUCAAGGCCCCAGCUCGAUCAGUCCUAUGGUCCUGUUCGAUGCCCUAACCACGGCAACAAGGAGCGGAGAUAUACAAAUUCUAUCAUUGCUCACCCAAGCUGCUGACCUGAGCAGUGCCCGAGACUUGGAGGCUGUCUCUGAAGCAGUCCGUAGCGCCAGACUCGAUAUGCUACUCCGCCUCCUUCUUUCUGCGAAGGCCCGCGACCCACGUGUCCUAGACCAUUUGAUCGGCGUGGUGUUCAGGAUGUCUGGAACUGAGGCCGCCGUCAGACUCCGUAUGCUGGAUGCCCUGUUCUAUGCUGGGCCCUCUGGUGAGACAGCGGCUUCCUGCCUUGCUGACGCUGUCUCUCAGGAGUUGAUGGCCUUUGUCCAUAUAUUCAUCAAGCAUCGCGUGGACAUCAACUGGUCUGAUGGUAAAGCAGCCGUUAAUGCAGCUCAAACAGGCCGCAGUGCAGUUCUGAAAACGGUUCUAGCCGGCAGAGGCCUAUUGGCAGAGAAUGCUUCUCGAGCUUUGGGGUCUCUUCCAGCCUAUGUUCCACCAGAAGAGAGGAGAGUUAUUACCGAAUUACUCCUGGACGCCGGGGCACAUGGCAGUGCAGUCGAUCAUGAGCUUAUUCUUGCCGUCAAGCGCAAUGACGAAACGGCCGUUGAUAUGUUGCUCCAACGGGGCGCAUCAGUCGACCGUGGUGGUGGCAAAGCCUUGAUUGAAGCCAUUAAACAGGAGCGUGUCGCACUUGUGCAUCGUGUCCUCAGUUGUCCUAUGAAUAACGAGUCUCUAAGCAAAGCAUUUCCAUCCACCCGCGCCAUCCAAAAGGCGCCUCGACUGGAUAUAACGAAGCUAAUGCUUAAGGCUGGAGCAUCAGGCGAGGCUGUUGAUGCAGCUCUGAGAGAUGCAGUAUGUGAUAUGAGCGAGGACAGAGAUGACAUCCUGAUCGCUGCGCUCAUACAAGGAGGAGCGGAUCCUGCAUUUCGCAAUGCUCAAAGUUUACGACAUGCUGUUACGACACAUGACGUGAAACUGCUGCGAGAUCUUAUGAGAUGUCCAGUGAAUGUGUCUGAGGGACUGGCAUCUGCGCUGCUUGAUGACAUUAUGAAGCUAGGUGAACGUGAUAUACGUUACAGCAUGAUCCAAGAGGCCAUCAGGGGCCGUGCCAAUAUCAGCAGCGUGUCUAAUGCGCUCAUUGCCGAGCUAUCGAGAUGUACUUGCGAUUCUGGGAUAAUCAAACUACUCCUCGGGCGAGGCAGAGCCGAUGUUGGUCACGACGGAGGGAAGGCAUUGGUCCUUGCAGCCCUACAAGCCCACACCGACAAUUUGAUGCUGGUCCUCUCUUCAUCGACGGUCUCCUGUCAGAGUGUUGAAAAAGGUCUCUGUGCCAUGUUGGAAAGCAGGAAGCUUGACGAUGGCCAGAAGGCUGCAAGGGCUGAGAUCAUACUUGAAAGAACGAAGCCUUCGGAGACCAGUGCCAAUGCCGGAUUCUCUAGCUAUGUCAAGUUCUGCAAAAGUGCGGUGUCCAAGGGCCGGGAGUGGCCACUCGAGACUUUCAAGGUCCUUGUCCGAUUCGGAGCUGAUAUAAACACUGACAAUGGCUCCACUUUCGCUUCCAUCGUUGAACCUGCGGCAAUCCCCCUGAUGACUUACAUUUUAUCAUCCGCUACCCUACGAAAAGAUAACGCAGACAGGGCCCUUCUAUGUUGCGUGGGUCUACCAGACACAUGUGACAGAUCUGAGGCGCUUCGUACGUUGCUUGGAUGCCGUCCCACAAACGAGGGAGCUUCCAUAGCUCUGAUUGAAGCCACCAGAAGAGGAUUUGUUGAGGUAGUGCAACCGCUGCUUCAGUAUGGAGCCAUGGCCGAUUUCCAGGACGACGCUCCGAUACGAGAAGCAGCCUCCAGAGGGAAUGCAACGUUGUUGUCUUUGUUCCUAGAGGCGAAAGUGGCCAGAAGGUCCCUUCGAGCAGCAUUCCAAGUGGCUGCUCAGUUGGUCCAUCCUGAGUCAAGGUUCGAGUGUAUUAAAACUAUCCUCUCCGCGGGCUUGCGUGGUGAUGUCGUUGAUCUAUACCUGGUCGGCCUGGUACGUGCCCCCGCGACGUCAAUACAGGAGAUCAAACUUCUCCUGGACCACGAGGCAUCGGUCCACGCGCACGAAAGCCAGAGCCUCAUUGUGGCAGCAACCUCGAAAUCCGUUCAUCUUUUGCGACUGCUGUUCACUAAAGCAGUCGCUCCCGAGAGUGCCAGCCUUUGCUUCCAGGCUUGCUUGGCGGGUCAGUUGAUCCAGAGCAGCAAGGCGCCGAUUCUUGAAUUCCUCUUAGAGAAGGGAGUGGACCAGCACCUGAAAGAUGCCGCAUUACUACAGGCGGUGGAGGGUUUCCUCUCCACCUCAAGUGCUUGCCUCUCCUUGAUGAGAAUGCUUGUGCAGCACGGGGCUAAGGCAGACCUAGCUGAUGGUCAGGCUUUGUGUCGGGCGUGUGAGGCCGGCAGCAUUGACGCAGUCGUGGCCAUCCUUCAAGCCAGCCCCUCAGUAAGGUCAAGGUCACGAGCCUUGCACUCCCUCCUCAAAUCCGCUGUUUCAUCGGCGGCUUUCUGCCACAUUCUCGAUCUGUUGAUGUCUAUGCCGCCGACGACAGGCUCAUCCACUCCAAACUUUGCGGACCACCGCAAUUCUUUCGUUUCACCGAUCCGAGUUCUCUUGAAGCACAGACCGGGAGAUGCGCUUGCACUGCAAAGGGUUAUCAGUUGUGGAUGCAACCUGACCGGCCGGACGGAAAAUGAUAUCUUAUGUUGGGCUAUGUCUCAAAGUGAUCCUCGAAUCAAGACCGAAUGCCUGCAAGUACUGAUUCAGCAUGGGGCCAAUGUCAAUUACAGGGAUCCGAACACCAAGGAGACGUUGCUGUUACUGGCUAUGCGGACCGGGCGGAUAGCUCUCAUGAAAAGCCUGGUGGCGGCCGGAGUUGACGUCUCUGCUGCUAAUGAUAGAGGACACUCUCCGUUACUUAUCGCCAUUGAGCUGGGUAGCGAUGUCAUCGCAGAGACUCUCAUCGAAGCUGGAGCGAACCCGAACGACGGAAGCUUACACCAGGCCGCGCGGGCUCUACAGCCGAAGCUUCUAAAAGCUCUACUCCGACAUGGUGCCAACCCAAACUAUCACUCCCGAGUGCACGGCGGUAGAACACCCCUGGCUGAAGUUUGUGUCUCGGCCAAGGUAACAUCAUCUUCCUACCAGGACGCAAUAGUGGUCUUCACCGAACUUGUCAAGAGCGGAGCAGACAUUGAGAAACGUGUGGACAGAAAACCACUCAUCUGCAUUGCGCUCGACAACCCUGACCCUGUCAUGGCUGUUCAGGCACUCAUUUCCACAUGUCUUUCCGAAAAACGUAUCGAUGAUGAUUUCAACCUCUAUGAACAGGGAGGCAUGAUGUACUCACCGACAUAUUAUGUCUUCAAAGGGGUAUUUCAAGGACAGCAAACACAAGCCGGUGAACUUGUGGAGCUUUUACUGCGGUACGGUGCAAACCGUGACGUUUACUAUAGUCUCCGCGGACCGCAGCCUCCGGACGCUGUUGGUAUGCCAGCACCCAUUGCUGAAAAGGAAGCGAAGAGAUUGGCAAGGGCAGAACGUAUUGCCGAAGAGGAGGCUGACCAUCGACGGAAGAUGCAGCGCGCCGACGAGGAGGAAGCGCGACUGCGGAGGAUUGAACAACAGCAACACGCCCUUAGGUACGAACGCAACGAAGAACUUGCCACCCAGACGCUCCAGCAUGCUCGCCUCAUGAACCUAGUCGAACAGGAACGAAAAGCAGGCGACAUUGCACACGAGCAAUCACUUCGCAAGAUCCGAUGGCAAAGGGGCCAGGACCGCCUCCAGCUACAACAAAGCGAAUACGAGGAGGUCGAAACACACCGGGAGAGACUGUGUAUCAUGGAUAUGCUUGCGAUCCAGCAGCGAAGGGCUCUCGAGUUGCAGAACCGCCGAGACUUCGACGAGGUGGAACGAGAGGCGAUUAAGUACAAGGCCAGUAUCGUGGAGGAGCUUGCAGAGAGGGAACAUGGGCGGAAGACGGAGCUGUUGGCGCUCAUGUCAACGGGACAACUUGGGCUGGAGGAGCCUGAUGGCGGAGGGUAUAUCGAAGGGUUAGAAGAAUCAGAAUCAGAAUCAGAAUGA